CAUGGAGGACGAUGAUUUUACCGUUGGAGGAAAACCGCUACAUGAACUCAGAGUUGUUGAUCUUAAAAAGGAAUGCGACAAAAAUAAGCUUCCUAAGAAUGGAACAAAGAAAGACCUAAUAGAGAGACUUAAAGCGCACUAUCAAUUUGAGAAACUACAGAAUGCAGAAACAACUGAUGAAGUUCCAAACCAAAAGAUACAGGAAGGUGCAGCAAUAGAAAAUGACUUCAUCAAACAAUAUUUGGCCAAACAAAGGGAACUAAUUGUGGAACAGAAGAAAAGAUUUUCAGAAGAAGACAGUCAAGAAUCUGGUAACUCGCAGGAUGAGUCCGAGUCAAGUCCAACCAAGAAAAGUCCAUCCAAGAGUUUUGGUGAUCCAAGUCCGACAAAGACACCUACCAAACUAAGCUUUCCAGAGACUGGGAAGGGUGAGCCAUCCAAUGGUGGGGAUGUCAAAGAAAAGACAACUCCAAAUGUCAGUCAGACUGUUGAGGAAAGUCCAGAAUCCUCUAGAAGUUCCAGAAGCAAACGCUGGAGGAAAACCUCCCGAGACUCGAGAGACUCCACACAGGAAGUGGCUGCAGCAGAGGAACAACAAAAAGAGAAAGAAGAAAAGAGAAAGGCAGAAGAAGAAAAGAGAUUAGAGAUUGAAAAAUCUGAGAAAGAGGCAAAAGAUAAAGCCGAUAGAGAGGCUAAAGAAAAGGCUGAAAAAGAGGCUAAAGAAAGGGCUGAAAAAGAGGCUAAAGAAAAAGAGGCUAAGGAGAGAGCAGAAAAAGAGGCCAAAAAGAAAGCAGACAGAGAAGCAAAGGAGAGGGAAGAAAAGAAAAAAGCUGAAAGGGAAGAAAAAGAAAGGCUCCAAAAAGAAAAAGAGGAAAAGAGAAAGGCAGAAAAGGAGGCAAAGGAGAAGGCUGAAAAAGAGGCUAAAGAGAAGGCUGAAAAAGAGGCUAAGGAAAAAGUUGAAAGAGAGGCCAAAUUAAAAGCUGAGAGGGAGGCAAAAGAAAAAGCUGAAAGAAAGGCUAAGGAAAAAGCUGAAAAGGAGGCCAAGGAAAAAGCAGAAAAAGAAGCUAAAGAAAAAGCUGAAAAAGAAGCAAAGAAAAAAGCAGAAAGAGAGGCUAAGGAAAAAGCUGAAAAAGAGGCCAAAGAAAAGGCUGAAAAAGAGGCUAAGGAAAAGGCUGAAAAGGAGGCUAAGAAAAAAGCUGAAAGAGAAGCUAAGGAAAAGGCUGAAAAAGAGGCUAAAGAAAAGGCUGAAAAAGAGGCUAAGAAAAAAGCUGAAAGAGAGGCUAAGGAAAAGGCUGAAAUAGAGGCUAAAGAAAAGGCUGAAAAAGAGGCUAAGAAAAAAGCUGAAAGAGAGGCUAAGGAAAAGGCUGAAAAAGAGGCUAAAGAGAAGGCUGAAAAAGAGGCUAAGGAAAAAGAAGCAAAGAAAAAAGCUGAAAGAGAGGCUAAGGAAAAAGCUGAAAAAGAAGCUAAGGAAAAGGCCGACAAAGAGGCAAAGGAGAAAGCUGAAAAACAGGCUAAGGAGAAGGCUGAAAAACAGGCUAAUGAAAAAGCAGAACAAGAAGCAAAAAAGAAAGCAGAUGAGACAGCAAAAGAAAAGGCUGAAACAGAAGCUAAAGAUAAGGAGGAAGCCAGAAAGAAAACUGAAAAAGUAGCCAAAGAAAAGGAUGAGAAAGAGACUAAGGAGAAAGAGCAAGCAGAGAUAAGAAAAGAAAAGAGAGAAGGAAGAUCAAGGAAGAAGUCUUCAUCCUCUUCAUCAUCUGGAUCAGACACUGAGGAUGAUGAUCAAAAGAGAAAGCAAAAGAAAAGAUCAAGUUCCUCCUCAAGGUCAUCAUCAAGGUCAUCCUACUCAGAGUCUGACAGGUCUAGGUCAAGGUCACCCAAGAAGUUCCGGAGCAGGUCUCGGUCUACAUCUCCCGUGCAGCCAGGUAGCACAGUGUCUGUGGUUAAGACAACAAAAGAACAGCCAUCAAAGGAUAAACAGACAAAAGAUGUGUCUGACUUGCUGAUAGGAGAUACAUCAAUGGAGGUGGAAGAGGGGGAAAUCCCGUCAGAUGCUGUGUCAUCUACCACAGACAAGGAAGAGAGAACAGACGAAAAGAGUGAAAAACAAACAGUUCCCUCAUCAGAUGACAAGAACCAGAAAAAGCAAGAGGAACCCCAUGAGAAGCCGGCUCGGAAGAGGAAAUGGGGAUCCGCCAGGUCAAGCAGCAACACUACCCCCCAGGCCAAGAAUAAAAGGCUGUCUAGUAUAGAGUUCAGUACAGAGUCACUCAAGGAGCUGAUUCCAGACAUAAAAUCCAGUCCUAUAUCCGAGCCAGUCCUGGAUCUGGAUCUUCCAGAUGAGAGGAUCUCAGAUCAGGAGAAUGAACCUGAGGAAAACCCACAGGAGAUUAAAAUUCAAAGAACAAUUGUUGUGCGAGAAGAUGAGGAGAAGGGUGAUGAAGGGGAUGAUCGGUCAGAGGGAGAGGUUGUGGAUGAAGAUGAAAACAAGGAGAAGGAAUCGGAGAGUGAAGAUGAGGAGCAAGGGGAAGGCACUGGUGACCAGGAGGAGCCGGCGAGGAAAGUGGAGAAAAAAGAGGAAUCCUCACCUGAGAAAAAAACAGAACCAAAAAUCAUUAGACAAAUCAGUAGACCAAAACCAUUGAUAGAACCAGAUGAACCAACAGCAGCCAGAAGGAGCCCAUCUCCUCCCAGAAAUCCAGUGUCCAAUGUGGUACACAUCAGAAACCUGGUGCGACCUUUCACCCUGAACCAGUUGAAGGAGUUACUGAAGAGAACUGGAAACUUGGUGGAAAAUGGCUUCUGGAUUGACAACAUCAAAUCCCAUUGUAUUGUAACUUAUGACAAGGAAGAGGAGGCCACGGCAACAAGAACAGCCCUUCAUGGAACCCAAUGGCCAUCAUCUAAUCCCAAAGUUCUCAGAGUGGAGUACGCUUCUCAGGAGGAGCUGGAAAGAUUCCAAAAUGCAGACAAACCCAUUGUAAUAACCAAGGAGGUGAAGCAGGACACCAGAAAGGAGAGGGAGGAAAAAGAAAGAGCUGAGAGGGAAGCACGAAGGGAGGCUAGGAAAAAGGAAGAGGAGGAGAAAAAGAGGCGCAGGACACCACCUAUGAGGGAAUGGGACCGACACAAGAUUAGACAGUCACAGGAAAGGGAGGAGGGUCCUCGACGAGGGAGAAGUAGGUCAAGGUCACCCAAGAGAGGCAGGGCCCGGAGUAGGGAACAAGAUAAUAGGAGAGACCGAAGAGACCAGAAAGUUGAAGAUGAACCCCCAGCAAAGCUCCUGGAUGAUUUGUUUAAGAAGACAAAAACGACUCCAUGUAUUUACUGGAUACCCCUGUCCGAAGAGCAGGCAUCACUUCGGGAGAAGAAAAAACAGGAAGAAAAGGAGGAACAAGAGAAAAUGUGGAAAGAGAGAGAAGAAAACGCAGCUAAGAGAUUACAAGAAAGAAGGGAGAGAAGUCCAUGGCGAGGGGAUGAUGACCGUAGGAGGGGGGGAAUCAGAGCUAGAAGUCGGAGUCGAGACAGACCCCCCAGAAACCGUAGUGGGAGCCGCAGCAGGGAUAGGGGGGCUAGGAAACGCAGCAGAAGCGACGACCGUAGCAGAGACAGAGGGAGAAGAAGAUGAAAAUUUAAAGCUUUAUUAGAUCAUUUUAUUUUGUAAUGUCUCCAUAUUAUUUUUUCCGGCUAGUGAAUCAACUGUUGACAGACAUCAUAGUGACAUUUUGAUAAAUAAAAUUCAUUUUAAUUUG